CUGUUUUUGCCUACGGUUCCAAUUCUCGGCAACCGAACGCAUCUCCUUUCUAGUUCCCCGCAAAAAUCAAACCGCGAAAAAGCUUCACCAUGAUCAGCGUCCUCGCUCAGGAGCGUCUUCUUGGCGCCACGCUGGGAAGCGCGUUGACGGGGUUCGUCGUCUUCGAACAGCGGAAGCGCAUCUAUCGAUCCAUCGCUGAUCGUGAUUCGCAACCUGGAAUCCAAUCUCAGAUACAGGUAAGAGAACGCAUAUUUGGGAAGAAACCUCGCCUGGAAAUUGCAUCUGUGUGGAACAAAGCCGUGGAUCAGACAUUUGGGCCUGCGAUCGAAUUCCUUAGUUCACAAUGCUGGUUUACCAUCUUGUGUUUUGUGUUGGAUUCUGAUUUGUAAGGAGCAGAGAUGAUCAAGUGCCACAUCAUGGAGCGAACUAGUAAGUACUAUUUGACUGUUAACCACUGCAGAUGGAAUACAAGCCUUCAAGAGAUCAGGGGCAUUUUGGUCAAAGCCUAUCUAUAUGCUCUUUCCAAUAUAUAUAUAUAUAAUGUAAGGGCAAUAUCGUAAGUACGAAAAAAAGAUUCUGGUAUUUAGAUCAUUUUCUCAAAUACAUCGCUUUGUUUUCCACAAAUUGUUAUUUUUAUAUAGAGGCAAUGAUUUUACAAAACAGGCAAAUGUCGACACCAACGUCUCUCGAUUUCGAUGUAAUACACGGAGGAGGACGCGAGAUUCUAAAACGAAAUGUUAAAAUGAUGUUUCUUCAUUUAUCAACAGAAAUUGCAUGAACAUUGCUGUAGUGAUGCUCCUCCUCAGCAGCUCUGUCUUCUCUGAUAGGUUCGAGGUUCGGACAUCUCGACGGUCUCAAUUUGAUCCGGAUGACCGACGGCGAGAUCUCCACCGUCCAUCUCGGCCGUGUUUUUAUCCUACUCGUCUCCAUCAUCACCAGGCAACCACACUCGAUAUAUUAAUUGAUGACAAUCACCAAG